CGCCUAGACACGUCCGCCGAGUCCAAGUCAUCCAUCCAACAUGCAUACUUGCCCAUCGCCACUACUUUUGGCCCUGCACCUCUGUACUGUAUAAUCGCACUCUCAUCUUCCCUCCGUCUCAUGUAUAACCGACCCGUACCUUGCUUGUAAUCUCCUCGCACCUGCUAUCGGACGAUGCCGACGCCCGACGAUGAAGCCAUGGUCUCGCCGGUGGAGCACGAGAGCAUCGCUGGCCGCACGACCUGUCCGCCAGAAGAUGCGCGCAUUAUCCCUACCCACGAAUUGAAUGAUACACCAAGUCCAAGUGUGCCCAUGCAGCAGCCGACUCCCUCGCCGCAAAGCUCGCGCGAGCCUACCCAGGCGCCCGACGAUAUCCACAGCAAGAUAUCAAGCACCAACAUAGAAGCACCAAGCAGAGAUAUACCCACCCCCAUGACCGCGACCGACGAUGGCACCGAGGAGCAACGCACGUCUCAGGCUUCGCCGCUUUCCACGGCGGCGCCAGUUUCGCUGCUCGCCAAUCACCUGUCGUCGCCGUUUCCUGCGCAUAGGUUCAUACCAAACACAUCGUCCUCCCUCCUUCGGCCCGGUAGUCGCUUCGUGGGCACUCAAACCUCUGACCGCCAGAAGUAUGAAGUCGAAGUCGAGAUAAAACACGUCGAUAUGCGCGAGUCCUUCAUGUGUGGCUACUUGCGCAUCAAAGGUUUGACCGAAGACCAUCCCAGCUUGACGACAUACUUCGAGGGCGAGAUCAUCGGAAGCAAAUACACAUUCAUUACCCAGCACCCGGAAUGGGGUUCCAACGAAAAGGUCGACCGACAACAUUGGGCGCGGUUCCCUGCAUACAAGCCGCUGUCAAAGUACUCCUCGCGCCAAGAACUGGUGACCAAGGACUGGAUGCAGAAGGAGCACUUGUUCAUGCGAUGGAAGGAAUACUUCCUCGUGCCAGACCACCGCGUCAGGACAAUAAGCGGAGCGAGCUUUGAGGGCUUCUACUACAUCUGCUUCAACCAGGUCUCGGGUGGCAUCGAGGGCAUCUACUUCCACGCUAAGAGCGAGAAGUUCCAGAAGCUCCAACUGGAACACGUCCAAGACUUUGGAUGCCAGGGCGCAAUUGAAUUCCGAUAAUGUUGAUGAUUGAAACGAGAAUUUGGGCAUUUGGGUGUUAGGACUUAGCAUUUGGGCGCACACACCGGGCUUGAUCACACUUCUUGUAUCGUAUUUUCUUUCCCACGGACCAUGUGCAGCGUGCGAUAAGGUCGUAGGGCUUUUCUAUAGUAACGUCCCUGGAACACCCAGGUCAUGAAGUAUUACGUCACUUGGCGAUUGGCAAGAAAAGCAGCGCAUCGUUGCGCGAACGGCUGUUGUGUUCACCCAAUCUGCACUGGUGGACCAGAGACCCUGGCGCUAGCAAAAAACUCGCU